UAUAUGAAAUACAAUAGAGGCGGCGCGGUGGCCACGGUAUAUUAAAUUUGAAUAUUUUUUUGCCCCCGCCGCACCGCCAAGCCGCUUAGGUGGUAAACACCACACACUUCCUAACCUCCACGACGUGAAUCCAACCAAACGAAUUUAUUAGGAAUUUGUUGAAAUGGGAUUUAUUUAUUUCUCGAGCAAGAAGUAAAUGAAUAUAAUAUAAGAAUAAGAUUCAACACAGGCAAAAAAGAACGCAAGAAAAAAUAAGGAAAAUGGCUGAGAUGGAUCUAUUUACUUCAAGCACAGCAUUCUGUGCAAGAUGUGGGUCAAUAUUGCCAUUGCUACAAGAGUUUGGAUCUGUUAAGUGUUAUUCUUGCGAAGCCAUUUAUGAGGCAGAUAAUUUCAGCAAUUUGAAAUUCAAAUACACCAUACAUUUCAAUACAGUGUCCAUUGUAAGUCACAAGGAUCUGGUACAUAUGGACAAUCCUGAAGGGCCCGUGGUGGAGAGGAAGUGCCCUAAGUGCGGUAACGACAGGAUGUCGUAUGCCACACUCCAAUUGAGAUCAGCUGAUGAGGGACAAACAGUUUUCUACACAUGCAUAUCUUGCAAGUAUAAAGAGACAGAAAAUUCAUGAAGGAUCAACCAUAGCAUUUUAAAUGUAAAUACAUAUAUUUUUUCUAAAACAAAGUAAAUGAUUUUAUUUUUAUACAA